GUCUCCUGGUAAAUAGGAAGGCGACUCUGUGAGGUAAGAAUCACGUAUGACAUACAUACAUACAUACAUACAUACAUACAUACAUACAUACAUACAUACAUACAUACAUACAUACAUCAGUUUCGGCGAGCUUUUGGCUUUUCUCUGGGGCCAGAGGGUGAAGCCUUAGCGUUUCGCCAUCAGCUGGGCGCCCACAUGCGCGGGAAGCCCCCAGCCUGAAUGGAGGCAGCCUGAGUCCCAGGAGGAGAAAGGCGCCUCCGGCGGGUAUUACGGGACCGCGGUAGGUCUCCCUGGUGAUGGAGAAGGGCGAGUAAGGCGCUGCCUGGGCUACAGAAGCGGCGGAGAAGGGUCAGCGCGAAGCAGUCGGGCAGAGCCGCUCCGCAAGUCACUCGGCUGGACAUCCCUGAAGGAGCGGCGCAGUCCGAAGCAUGUCCGGUCAGAAGUAAGUCCCGCUGAGUUCGGCUGGGCUGCCUUCCCUUCGCCCUGGAAGAUCUGCCUCCCUGCCUUGGUGGCCGUUAUUUCCCCACCUGGCCUGGGCGGGCGGGUCCCUGACUGACCCCAGCUACAAAAGCUGCUGAACAGACUCUUCGGCUGGGGUAGAGUUUGGAGGUUUCUUUGGUUGCUCGUACUGUAUAAGUUGAAUAAAUAAUAAUAAUGCUGAUGCUGAUUUUUGUAUCUUUAUUUCUAGAUCAUGUCAUGAUUCGUGUGGAAAUUGUUUUAAUUUGGUUGUGUACUUUUUGUUGUGCUUUAUUUAUGACUUCCGUUAUGUUUGUAAUUAUGCAAAUCUUGUCAUGUCAUAAGCCGCCUUGAGUAUGGUUUAAACUCAAACACCACCGUGCUUAUAUUUUUGGACAACUGUCUGUGUGUGUGUGAGUGUACUCUUUAUAUUGCGUAGCCUUUGGGAAUGGAAUGAUAACUUAAAUUUGUAAUUGAAUAUCCAGUUCUGAAGUUUUCGCGCGCUGUAUAGAUGAAACCUAUAGUUGUCUGUGACAGGUUACUGAAAUCUGCCUACUGCUGCCUGGUGUACUAGUACCGCUAUAUUUAAAAAUUAUUGCAGGAAUAUGUUUCACAGUCAUGCUGCUAAUUAGUUUCUGAGGUUUUUCUCCACAACCAUGAGUUGGUAGAAAGAAUCCCAACCCCUUUUGCACCAGUCUGGGAAGGGGGUGGAUAAAGUGGAAGCCGGUAAGAUCUCUGCCACUGAAAUCCAGUGGGAAGACCCAAAAGGCCCUGUGUGAAGAAGUGGCCUGGUAUUCCAUACAGACUGACUGAGCAGUGGCCAGGGUUAGGAAUGAACCUUUACUUGGAAAAACAGCACAUUUGGAGGAAAAUAGUAGCUGGAGUGUGAUUUCUCCCUUCCCUGGGGCUAUCCCCUCAUCUAAUUAUUUGCAAGGGAGCCCUAGUUGGAUGCUUUGCCUAGUUGGACAUUUUAAAAUUCUAUUUGUGCAAAGUUUGUUUACAUAAAUAUUUUACACUUUUUUAGGUCAUUUAAUUUAAAGGGCUGCUGGUCAUAUGCUUCGGAUGGAAACUACAAAGGUUGAUGAUGUCAAAAAAAUAUUCAAAAAGAAAGAUUGCUGAAGUCAAAGUGAGUGAUUACUUUAAAAUAUUAAAGACUUUGGAUUGUAUUAUUCUUUUAUGCACAGUUGUUAUACUCAUGUAGAGAAGGAUUGCUUCCUUUAUUAUCACUUUUCACAACAUCAUCCAAUGGUAGUUUGGAAAUCACAGUUAAAUGUUUCAGACAAAGUAUAGUUACUGGAAAUAAAAACUGUUGAACACACCAUGGCUAAAUAUAUAUAUAUAUAUAAACUUAAGACAUACUAUUUUCAUAAUUUCAUGCUGAUUCCAGACUCCCUUUCUUGUAUUAAAACAAAGUUACUGAAUGUUCAAUUAGAGCUUAAAAGUUGAAAGGGUGCUUUCCAAUAGUAUGACAAAGUUGUUGUUGUUAUUAAGACCUUGGACUACCCUACUGUAAAAUAUUAGUUGGUUUAAGAAUUAAUCAUUUCUACCAUGCAAUAACUUUUGUUUACUUAUAUUUUGUCAGGUGACUGAUUGGGUGGAGCCAUCUUUUAGUGAUUUCUGUAAGGAUACAAUUCUGUCAUCCGACAUUCUUCAUAAGAAGCCAUCAACAGAUACCAAACACAGUCGGAAGAAAAAAGAGCGUUGCUCUCCGAUAGAAAAUUGUAAGACUGAAAGAAAAAAAAGAAAGCCACUUUCUAUAGACGAGCAAUAUAAAUAUAAACUCUCAAAACAAAACCACGGCCAAAACGAAUCUUGGGUGGAUAAAUACAAACCGAAAACUCAGGUAAAGUUUAGUUUAAAAUUCCUUUAAAAACAACAAAUAGCUGUGUGUAUUGCUGAAGUGGUGUGUCCAAAAGGAAAAAUAGUUAGUGUUUCAUAGAUUUAUUAAGUUGAUAGAACAUAGGUAUACUUGGUUAAUAGAAAAGUAUAAGAUACAUGUUUUGAUUCGAAGUGCAUUUGGAAUUUUGUUCACUUAAAAUAGAUAUUUUUAAAUGGUCAGCAAGUGUUUGGAAUAUUAUGCAAUAGCAAUGGAAUAUUUUUGCACUUGUUAUUGGGUAAUGAUAUUGACUAUGUCUAGAUGUUCAUCUUUCACCUUAAUAAACAGAGAUGUGAGCAAGACUUCGGCCCAUGUAUGGUCAUUUCUAGAAAUAUGUUAGAUGUCCUUUGAAUGCCUUGAAAAUUAAUGCAGAUCUAGUCCCUUGGCUCCGGUAUGUGGCAAUUAUGUACUGUAAUCAUAUUCCAGUUCAUUAAGACAGAGGUCUUGCGGUAGCUUUCAUACUGUAAAUGGAUCCUUCCUGCAGAUGCCCCUUAUUUUAGCUCAGGCUUCCUCAACCUCACCCCUCCAGAUGUUUUUGGCCUACAACUCCCAUGAUCCCUAGCUAGCAGGACCAGUGGUCAGGGAUGGUGGGAAUUGUAGUGUCAAAACAUCUGGAGGGCCAAGGCUGAGGAAGCCUGUUUUAGCUAGUUUAGUAGGCUGUGGAACUAUUUGCAGUCUGAAGGGUGCUGCUGAAUCUCAGGCCCUGAACUCUGCUGUGUUUGAUGUAAUCUCCACACUUCGGGGCUUGGAGAUGGACACCAGAUAGCUGGAACCCUAAUGGCCUGAAUUCUGGCCGAAAUGGAUCCCAGUUUGGAAGACAAACUGAGCCAGGCCUGUUACGGAAGCAAGGUGAAAAUAGAACCAUUUUUAUUCUGCUUACACUAAUAAUUAACUUGUUACAGGUACCAAGAGGAUAUGCUACAACAGUGUUCUUUCGCAGUAUUUAAUUCUACUGUAAAAUUAUUUGCCUGAACUAUAUAUUAUUAUUUUUCUCAUUAGAAUGAGCUUGCCAUACACAAGAAGAAAAUUGAAGAAGUUGAAGCAUGGUUAAAAGAUCACACAUUUCAAAGGCCACCCAGACAGGUAGCAUAUAUUUACCUAGUAGCUUUACCUGCCACUAAGUUUGUUUUGAAGGCUUUGUGUAACUUAAGACUCCUGCUGGGAAAUGUUCAACAGAUUAUUUUUUCAUCAGAAAUGAGGUGAAAAAAUAACACAAAUCCUGCAUGAUAUUUCAUUUUGCAGCAGUAUUUGUUACAAUAUUUCAUGCAGUAAUCUGCUUUUGAGAUUUGGCACAGUAAUUUUCUAGAGGUUUGUAGCAGGAAAAUAAAUUCUUAGGAAAAAUAAUAUGGUACACUUGAAAAUAAAGUUAACAUAAACUGUAGCUUUUUGACAUGUGGACUGACAUACCAUAGGAAAAUAGGCAUCAUUUGAUGGCCUUUCCCCUUCCUUUUCUGAACUGCUAGAUAUGUAUUUCACUGUUUGCUUCUUUGCAACCUGGGGAGAGGAACAUAGGAGGAUCCUUUAUAUCAAUCAGACAAUUGUUUUUCCAUGUGGCUCAGUACUGUCUGUUGGCAGCAGUUCUGAUUUUGAGGGAGCUGAUAUUCCCAGCUCUACCUGGAGAUGCCGCUUAUUGAAUCUGGGAGCUGCUUCAUGCAAAGCCAAUGCUUUACCACUGAGCUACAGCUUCUUUUGAGAGGAGUGAAUGGCAAAGAGUAAGCUUGGCUCAGAGUAGGCACCCUGAAAUUUUUGGGUGCACCCUAGCCAUGUUCAAUAAUUCAAAUGGGUCUGCUCCAAAUGAAAACUAGUUGCAUGUCACUCAGAAAAGUUCUUCUGCAUGCAUGUUAAGUUUUUCCAUAUUGCCUGGUGGACUUGCUGCAUUGUGACCUGAGAAAUGCUGUGAUACUCUGGUAUGUACAGAGUAUGGUAUGUAACAGAGGGGCAUACAAGGAUGAAUUCAAAGGUGCCGACGUUUGCAGUGUUAUACUUGUAGCUAAAUCAUUGCAUGAGAGAAGUCUACAUAUAUUCUUCCUCUUGCACAAGUGUUUUCAGAAGAGCAUUGCUGGCAAGUUCCCUUACACACAGUUUUUUUGUGUGUGUGUGUGGCGGAUAUGGAUGGGAUCCAAACUGCUGUUAGCUUUUUUUUGUCGUCCCAAUUCAAAUAAAAACUAGAAUUAGGGGUAAUAACAAAAUGUGUCAAAUAUUUUGUUUAGGUAGCAUUUUAUUGCUGCUUUUUCCAAUUCUUUGCAAUAUAUAUGAUUACCUAAUAAGCAAUUAAUUUUACACUUGUAUAAGUGUGGUGAAAUAUUGAAUCAUUGGGAUUGUAAUUUGUAAUUUAGCAACAGUAACUGUGCUAACACAAAGUGUGGGGAGGAGGGGGGAAAUUAAUAAAAGUCCAUUAAAUUUUUAUCCUGCUCUUUCCUUCUAAUAUAGCAAGUUGGUUUAUUAUAUGGUGUCUUGUAGGAAGGCUCUAUUUUAUUAUUAACUGGUCCUCCAGGAUGUGGCAAGUCUGCAACUGUGGAAAUAUUAGCAAAAGUUCUUGGCAUUCAAGUGCAAGAAUGGAUAAAUCCUGUAUCACUAGACUUCAAGAAAGACGACGUCAUAGAUUCUUUGAGCCAUGGUAAGCAUUUAAUUGAAGACUUUGAGUCAAGCAGUUAGAAUAUAUUUUGUAAGUUUGUGUAUUUUACAUAAUAUCACAAUCUGAUGCCCAUCAAAUUGUUGUAAGUUUCAUUGGAAUUAAUGAAACUCAUUUCUACUUAAUAGUAUGAUACUUUAGAUACAUACUCAGAUCUUCACUAGUAGACCCUCUUUUCACCCCAUGGUUUCAAACAUUUUCACAAUUCAAAACUGAUAGUUUUGCAGUAAUGGGAAGGGAACAGUGGAGCUGGCCUCCCCCCCCCCAAGUAAAUUGGUUCUUAAGCUUGCAGAGCUGCUUUUUCCGUAGAGUAUACUGAUUUGUACAACAACUGAAGCUCUUAAAAUGAAGGUGGAUGGGAUUUCUAAGUUAAGGCAGAGAUCUUUAUCCGCUGAUGGAAAAUAGAAACUAUGAAGAUAAUAUCUGCACUCUUUUUCUUCAAAGAUGUGGUAUACUUGUACCACCCAUUCAGUUCCCGUAAUCUACACCUUUGGUGGAUUUUAGCCUGUGCUAUUUGGCAGCAGGCAAAAAAUGGCCUGUUGCUCUAAAACACCAAAUUCAAAGCAGAUGGGUCCUAGGAUACUGAAUCUUCAUGUUCAUAUUAUUGUUAUUUAUAAGGUAUACACUGUAAAAUAAACUCUCCUGUUCAGAGUCUGAUUUUCAGAUACUUCCUUAUCAGAGCCAGACAGCUCUCUUUCAAGAGUUUCUGUUAAGAGCAAACAAAUAUGCCAGUCUUCAGAUGGUUGGACAAUCCAUGGAAACUGACAGAAGACUUAUUCUUGUGGAAGUAAGUAAAUAUAGUUGACUAACUAAUUCAAGUUAAAAUCUUAUAUUUUUUUUUCUUAUAUUUUAAAGGACACUGUUUUAUGUAAAUUGCUUAGGGAUUUUGAAUAUUAAGCAGUAUAUAAAUAAGUAAAUAAUGCAAGACAGGAGUUACCAUAAUCAUAAGGGGUGAUUCACGGGAUGAUUUGAAAAUUUUGUCACAGUGAGCCUACUAAGAGCACAGGAACAUUUGGGUUUAUCUAAAGUAGCACUUUAAUCUAAACAGUUUGUUGUUAUAAAUGUCAAGUAAAAUAAGCAUAUGACUCUUAUUAUAGUCUUAAUGGUCACCCACAAUAUUAAUGCUACAGAGAUGCUAAAAUAGGAAUAUUGUGAAGCGCUAAUAUAAGGUAAGGAGAGGAUUAGCUGCAUUUCUCAUGACAUAAGACUUCUCUUGACAAUUUUCUCAGUUUGAACAGUGUAACUCCAAUGAUAAUGGAAAAAAGCUGGAAUAACAGUAUUGUAUUUGUUUUUUAUAGGAUAUGCCAAACCAUUUUUACCGUGACCAUAGCUGUUUACAUGAAAUCUUGAGGUGAGUGUAAAGCCAUGGUUAGCAAUUUGUUUUAUCAAAGCGCCACGCUGAGGAAUACGACUGAUGUGCUAUAAAAUUCCACAAACGCAAACAGAAACCUUCACAUCAUUCAAUUUAUUCUGAAUUUUGUGUGUGUGGGGGGGUGGAAUGUAAACAUUUUGAGGUGGGAAGCAUUCUUGGGCCAGAGGCUUCUAGUUGCUUAUUGCUAGUAUAGAUUCCUACAGAUUGAUAUCUAGAUCAACACUUGCCUUUAAACUUGGGACUUUCUCUUUUCAUUUUUCAUUUUAGAAGGUUUGUGCGGACAAGCAGAUGUCCUCUUGUGUUUAUAAUAUCAGAUGCCUUCAGUGGAGCCAGCAACCAAAGGUCUCUAUUUCCAAAGGAGAUUCGGGAAGAGCUACAUAUAGCUAAUAUUAGGUAAAAGGAUCAUUAAGUGCAUUGUUCCCAACUGAGGAUUCAUUAUUAAAUGUAUAUUGACCAUCUGCCUCAUUAAUUUUCUCAGUUUUAACCCCGUGGCUCCAACGAUGAUGAUGAAAGUUCUAAAUCGAAUAGCUGGAGCAGAGUUCAAGACGGUAGGUCAAAUUAAAGCAGCAAUGGGACAGUUGCAAUAUGGUCAUAUUGUAAAAGUUAGCUGAAGGUAUCAAUUGAGAGUUAUUUAGUCUGCUCCUUCCAAAAAAAUAGAAUAACUUUUAACAAGUGGCUUGGGUUUGAGAAGUGGCUGCCAAAUGACUGAGGUCUGUCAGCAUUUUUCAGACUACCCUACCUCACAGAUCUGUAGUGGGCAACCGUAUACAGUGUUCUGAACUCCUUUGAGGGAAAGUACAGGUAAAAUAAAACAAAAACAAAAAGAGGCUUAGAAAUGCAUGGAUGUAUACAAAUGGCUCCGCCACACAUAGCACUUGUAAUUUAUUUCACUAUCAGAGGAGCUGUAGGAGUUUAGUAGUGUAUGGAUGUGUGUUUAUGCUCAGUUAAUAGGUGACUUAGAAAUGUAAAUAAUAAUAUCAUAUGCAGCAUUGUUCCACCAUUGAGUCGGGAAACCCGUGAAUGUGUUCUGAGUAUCACUAAUACCAGAUGGUACGCUGAUUGAGAGAGCAAAGAAGUGAGAACUAAUGGAAGUCUAAUCUCUUAGGUUACUUGAUGCUGCAAACAUCAGUUUAAUAAAAUCAUAUAAAGCUUAUGGCUAAUGUUUAUCUACAAACUAACCGUAGUCUUGUUGUGCAGACUAAAGACCUGCUUUUCUUUGCAGAAUGGAGAAAAAACCGAUGUCCCUGACAUAUCUUCAUUAGAGUUGAUUUGCAAAGGAUGUUCAGGUGAUAUUAGGAGUGCAAUAAAUAACCUUCAGUUUUCUUCUUUAAGAGGCAAGUAUGGAACUUCUUCUGCUUAAAUAAGUUUGUGUUUUGUGAAAAUCAUUUUUAUUUUAACACUAUUGGGGUAGCCUUGCGGGAACUCUUAUCAAUGCGAGACAGGAACUGAAUGUCUCUUGGUUGUUAAAUGGGGCUUUUAUACUGUGGCGCUGAUCCAAAGAUGAACAGCAAAGACAACUUUCCACUUGUGAAAUAGAUCCUCAGUCCUUUCACAGCUAGCAGUGCUGGUACCCACUUCUUCCCCUCAACAGGACAUCAGCAUUGCCAGAAAGGAUAAUAGUGAAAGCAUUUUCAUAGUGUGCACACAAUGUUGGAGCAAGUCUGUAGCUGUGUGUGUGGAAAACUAGAGUUACCAGCAUUAUUUGGGGGAAAUCAUGUGCUUUAAAUGUAUGAUGUGGAUCUACUCCUUGAGUUUGUGCAGUAUUGGGGGGUUGAAUUCUAACUAAACUAGCCAUACUUAGUUCCCAUUUAAAUUAAUGGGACUUAAAUUAGUCAUUACUAACUUUUCAUGUUCAUUUCAAUCAGACCUAAAUAUGUCUAACUUUGUCUGGAUCCAACCAAGUGCAUUUAUAACAUAUUUUACUGAUACUAGAUGAGUAGGACAUCAAGACACAUAUUUUAGGGAAAUAAGAUUUAGAGCAGUAUAACCCGCCUUUCUUAUUCUUGUCAAAAAAGGUUCCUUCAGAAUCUGAAAAGAAAGUUUAUGUUUUAUUCUGUUACUUACAGUAUUUUAAAUCAAGUUCCUUCACUGUGGGCUUCCAGAAUGUUCCCAGCAUUUUGCUGCUUAACAUUUGCCGGCUGUUUACUUGUUGAAAUAUGGAUGGCUAUGGUUUGUUAUAGACUUGCUCUGAAUAUCCAGUAUUGGAACCGGGGGGACAUGGACCAGAUAAUGAAUGGUGGCAAACUACUAUAGAAAUAUAUUGACAUUGUUUUUUCAUUCACUUCGAGCAUUAUAAAUGCUCCAUUCCUCACUAUGAACUCAUGUUUUAUUGCAAGACCCUUAUUCCAUCAAAACCAGCUUCCUAGCAGGCAACUAACUACAAUAAAAUCUAAUAUUGCAAAUACAGUAAAAAAAAUCAUCAAACAAAUUUUGUGAACAGGAACAGAGAAACUAAUUUUUAAGCUCUUUGUGAGUAAAGGCAAAAAUUCAGGUCUGAGUCAGUUCCUCUCUACAGAUUUUAAUACCAGCUCUUUAAAACUUUUAUAUUGUGCUUAAUGUUUGCUACCUUCUGACUAGUUUGUCUUUUUGGCCUGAAUAGUAAUGCAUCUUAUUGAAUGCAAUAAAAUUAUAAAGCUUGUUUAUAAUUAGAUAAUGUUUGACCUAAUGAGCGUAUCUUAUUUUUCUAUUGAAUAAAAAAUUCUGGAGUUCAUGUUUUACAGUCUACCACUUUGUUCUUUUGUUGCUUUUUGAUUACCAGACUGCUCAUCAGAGAACUACUUUCUGUCACAGAAAAAGGGGAAUUCCACAUUAAAAUAUGAUACAUUAUCUAAAGUAAAGAAAAAAAAGAAAUUUGGUAACCAGGAGUUACAAGCUGUUGGCGCCAAAGAUUCCUCCAUCUUUCUGUUCCAUGCCUUAGGGAAAAUACUUUACUGCAAAAGUAAGAACACGUUAACGCAUUAUUCUUAAAUCUAUCUGUGUGAGGGGAAGAAUUCUCAUGUCAAUUAUUGACAGCUUCUACAUUUGCCUACAAAUGAUUCAUUUACUUUUCUGACUCUUUUAAGACAAUAUAAAGAACCAGUAGCUAUUGUUUUUUCUAACUGGAAUCUGUCACAUAUGAAUUGUGAGCAGAGGGCAUUGCACAAUUAUUGGGAGCAAGCCCUGUCCUAUAGAUCCAUGCCUUGGCAUAAACUGAACCUGAGUACCAGCUCAUGUGCAGGCUUCCAUGCAAUUAAAACUUGCACACACUACCAGGAGCCUUGGUCACAUGGAAGUCUAUGUGUGCUGUAAGCCAUGUGAACCAGUACUAGCCAAGAUUGAGUUGUAGACAAUCCCCUCAUCUCUGGUCAGUAACCUGUCUCCAUAUCCAAAUACUCUAUUCUUCUCAUAUUCAAUGCAAACUUAUAUGUAGCUGUAGUGUGUGUUAUUUUUACAGGAGAACCAGCAACAGACUUGGAAUUUGCUCGGUUACCUGUUCAUUUAACAGAAUAUGAACGAAAUCCCUUGCUUGUUGAUCCUGAGGUAAAUACAUUUACUGUUUACUGUUAAUUGAGUGAAAAUUUACUGCUAGUUAUCCUAUGUAAGUGGUAGAUGUAACAGUGAUAUUUUUAAUAUGUCAUAAUGCUAACUCAUUUCCUCCUGAUGCAUAACUUUAAUUCUGUAUAUUCUCCUUUAUUUAGGAUGUCGUAGAAAAGUCACACAUGCCUGGGGACUUAUUUAAUUUAUACCUUCAUCAAAACUACAUAGACUUUUUCUCUGAUAUAGAUGAUCUUGUGAGAGCCAGUGAAUAUUUGAGUACUGCUGACUUCCUUUGCUGUAACUGGGAUGUAAGUUUUAAAAAGUAACAAUAGGUUAAAGUAACAAAACAUAGAAAUAUGAAGGCUUCAGAAUAAAUGUCAGAGGAGGGAAAUAAACAUUUUGAACCAAGGAAAGUGAAUUGCUUCACCAUUCCUCAGUGGGUGUGCUAAAUUUGUAGGUUCUGUAUUUUAUAUAUUACCAUAACUGUUCCUGCUUAUAAUUGCGUAUUAUUAAUUAAAUUUGUAUUCAUCUGAAGAUCAUGGGGCAGUUCACAACAUAAAAACGCAAAAUGAAAACAAAAUGCAUAAUAAAAUAAAGACAAACCAAUAACCUCCCUCCCUGCUUAGAAUUGUAACAGACCUCAAGAUUUACCUAGUCCACUCCCUUAGACUUGUUGUUCUUGUAUGACAAUGUGUUUUAUGUAACUUUAAAGCUUACUGUUCAUGCUUUGCCUUACCAAACAAUUGUUCUGAAGAAAGCAUGUGCCAUUUUCUAGCUAGUCUUUCUAUAGUGUGGAUAAAGUUGUCGUGUCUCAGAUACUUUUUUUAUAGAUGACACCCAGCUGAUCUCCCUUUCCUCAUCCCUACAGCCUCUCAUGCACAUCCCAAAUCUGCUCUGGAAGAUUGGGGGACCCCCUAGAGUCUGUCUUGGAGUUGUGAGGGGCUAUGGGUAGAGGAAAGAAAGCAGGAGUGGAUAUCCAUGACACAAUCCAACAGACAUCCUUUAAAUUUGCUCCCAUGUGUUCGAACCAACAGACUACAUGGCAUGGAAAAAUACCAGCUGUUGCAAGUGUGAGGGGGUGCAUUGCUCAUUAUUCACCAUAUGAAACUGAUAAGUUCAAAUCAUCAAAUGAUUUUAACCAAUUUAGAAAAACCUGGGAAUUUAAAAUACUUGCCUCAAAUAAAUGCUCAGUUGCAGAUAGGUGAAAACAUGACUGCCAGAAAUGCUCCCCUUUCACCUUGAUCUUGUUUUUAUCAUUUCCUAUAGGCAAGACCUACACUCCGGGAAUAUAGUGCAUCCAUAGCCACAAGGGGCGUAAUGCAUUCAAACAGAUCUAGAGCCUCUGCUCAAAGCAAAGGAGGAAUGGGCUUUCGACCCCUUCAUAAACCACAGUGGUUCUUAAUAAACAAAAAGGUAACUAUUUUGAAAAUGAUAUUCUUUAUUUCAACGUUUAUUGUAAAAUGUUUUACAUUUAUUGCAAAUCAUAACCUAAAAUAGAAACAGUAAAUUAAGUUGAGCUUUCUUAGUAUCAUUCUCAUCUGAUUUGUGGUGUAGGUUAAUAAUGCUGUAAGAUUGCCUUAGCUUGCAUGUUUGUGAUAAGCAUAUUCAUUACAAGAUUAAAGAGUUAUUUAAUAAGAUUAAGGUUUCAGUUUAAGUUUCAAUUAAAGGAUCGCCUUGUGCCACCUAGCCAAGGAAAAUAUUUUAGAUGAAUCAUUCCUGCAGUGUAAUCUAGGACCAGCUUGACUACACAAACAACCCAAGAAGAAAUAUAUUUAGCGGCUACCACAAAAUAGCAUUUGGUCUGGGGAAAAUACAUUUCAACAUACUCUAUAACAUGGUUAGGAAUAAAGAAGUGUACCUCUUGGAUUGUUAGUGUAGCAGCUUCAAGUAAAAAUGGACAGGCCGAUUUCGGAACCUUCAAUUUGUGCUAUCUCCAGAAAAAUUAAAUAAGAAAAUCAAAAUGGAAAGAAAUAACUUGAUGCUUUAAGCUCCUGCAGCUGUCUAUGCAAUGUAUCACACCACAUCUCAAUACAGUGGUACGUCGGGUUACAGACACUUCAGGUUACAGACUCCAUUAACCCGGAAAUAGUACCUCGGGUUAAGAACUUUGCUUCAGGAUGAGAACAGAAAUCGUGCGGCGGCAGCGGGAGGCCCCAUUAGCUAAAGUGGUACCCCAGGUUAAGAACAGUUUCAGGUUCAGAGCAGACCUCCGGAAUGAAUUAAGUUCUUAACCCAAGGUACCACUGUAGUUAUUUCCUGGAUAGUGUUGCAUGCUUGUUUUAAUGUUGGGUUUCUAAGGCAUGGAAGUUCUGGCAAAAUAACCUAAUAUUUAUAAUUGGUAGAGAGUCAGAAGAUAAAUUUUGUGGUUUAACUGUAGAUAAUAUAUUUUACUAUUAGACUUCUUUGUUCUGCCUCCUUAUAGUUUCAGGAAAACUGCAUUGCUGCAAAAUCCCUCUUUUCAAGUUUCUGUUUACCACCACUGUGCCUUCAGACCCAGCUGUUACCUUAUCUUGCCAUGCUGACAAAUCCAAUGAGAAACCAAGGUACUUUUAAACAAACAAACAAACAAACAAACAAACCCUUUUUUCAGAAAAUGUAUUGGAAGUUCUUAGCCAAACUCUGAUGGUAAGCAGUUAGUACUCAAAUUAGUACUGAUAAAUUACUCUUAACCUUGGUUUAACACCACAUGGGUGAUGUUGAUUGUGCUCUGUAAUGUCAGCACAUCUGCAUCUCAUGCUUUGCCCUAUUGCUUUAUCAUUGUUUGUUUUCUCAUUGUGCUGCCUGUAGCUUGUUUGCAUACCUGGGCCAAAGGGCUUCUAUAGAUGCUCAUUUUUUAGGAGCAAGGAGCACUCAUUCAAUUUUUCCUACAGCAGCAUGACAAAUGUAUUGAUUGGGAUAUGGAGGGUGGCACUUUAGAGCAGAAAAGCCUUUGGCCAUGGAAAAUAAUGUAAUGAUUAACCAAACCCUAGAUGGUAUGUUAAUAUUAUCUAUCUAUCUAUCUAUCUAUCUAUCUAUCUACCUAUCUAUCUAUCUAUCUAUCUCUGGUCUAAAUCAGGAGUGGAGGAAGUAUUGCAAAACAGUCUUAGCUUAAAAUGGGACUCUGGAUACACAACAAAUUCAAGUUCUAACACAAUUCUAAGGAAUAAUUUUUGUGUAUGUUUUCUCAGCUCAGAUUACUUUUAUUCAGGACAUUGGAAGGCUUCCUUUAAAGAAACACUUUGGAAGGUAAAUGCUCUUUUGCAAAUUGUAAUAUGUUUGCUCUAAAUAUCAGUAUAUACUUUCAUAUAGCACUUUGACUACAUUGGUUAAUUCUCAAUUUAUAAGGUGGGAAAAGUAACAAUCAACUUGAUAUGUCACUCUGACCAUAUCAAGGACUCAAUGUGUUUUAUUAUUUAUUCUUUUAUUAUUUAUAUCCUACCUUUCUACAUGCAACCCAAACCAGAGUAUGUACAGUUUUCAGGCAGUCUCCCAUCCAUAUACUGCCCAGACCUGCUUGCCUUCAGCAAAGUGGAGGCCUCAUACAUCUUCAAGCCCAUGCCCUGGGCUACGUUGGGAGAGGGAAUAGUCUGCAUAUAUAAGAUAUUACUAAGAAGUGUAAAACCUCAUGUUGGUUUUAAAUUUACAACUAUACACUGUGAGAUUUGUCCUAUAAGGCAACUAACUGUGCUUUCUGUGUUUAAAUGCAAAAAUUGGGCUAACAGCAACUAGGCAUUUGCAAUCUCUCCUCCUUUUCAGUAGUUUUUAAGGGGUCACAAUCUGUGGUGAAAGUCAACAGGAAGAAAGUGGUACAGCAAAUCAUGUAAUCCGCUGUCAAUACACACAGUUUGGAAAUCUGGACUGUAAGGGUUUUUUAGGUGUAUUACAAACUAGGCAUACAAAACUAUUUUCUUCCCAUGUGUGUCCACACACCUACCUGUUGCUCACUUUAAGAAUGCAGUUUAUAAGCUUAACUUCGAAAGUCAAUGAGAGAAAAGGAGAAACAGAUGUUAGUUUUUAUCUGUUAUUUGCAUACCUGAAUUCCUCAGUAAUUCUCUGCAAGAGCAUAAAAUGUUUCUGAACUUUUAUUACUUUCAUUCCACAACAGGUUGAAGCUUGAAACUCUUACUGAUAAAGACUCAGCAAUACAGGUCCUAGACAGUGACGAUGAAGGGGAUUUUGCUGAGAUGCAGUCCACAAAUGUGCUUACCCAAAUGGAGAAAAACAAAACCAGUGAGAAAAAUGAACCAUAUGAAAGUCCUCUUCCUUCCAGCCAAUCUAGUGGAAAUGAACUACCAGCCAGUCAACCUCAGCCUAUUGUAGCACAACUACUCAUGGAGGAAGAUGAACUAAUCAUAGAGGAAUAUGACAGUGACUAGAAGGUGUUAAAUGGCAACCCCAAAGCUGUGAUAGUGUUUAACAUAAUAAUUUUAGGUUUAAUAUUUUAUAAGCAGUCUUAGCCAACUAUACUGAGAUUGCUACUACUGAUAACUUCAACUGAUUUUUUUGAGCUAUUAUUACUUUGCCAGAGUUUCACGCAGCUUCAUUUCCAGAGAAACAAAUGAUACACAAGAUAUCUGAGUACUGGAUUUCCCCAGUACUAUUUGGCUCUACACUGUAAAGCUUCAACGGUGUGCACUUCAGUUCAAAAUUUUUGUCCCAGUCUGAGAAGUGGUGUGUAAAUCAGUACUAUGAGACAAAUGCACUGAUUUACAUGCCUCUUACAGAUAUUUGGAGGGACACUGUCAAUAGUUUUGUUAGAAUUUCACAAAAGUAACCCUUACCUGCAGUGAUAGAAAACCUGUACAAAGCAUUUAAGUUCUGGGCUGUGUAUUAUUUAAGAUGUAAAUAAAUUUCUGAAUUCCUUGUAUG